AUGGUGUUUCUACCCGAAGAACUCCUGGCCGAAAUACUACCAUUCUUUGACGUCAAAACAAUCUUGCGACUCAAAUGCCUAAGCAAGUCAUGGUUUUCUUUCAUAUCUGAUUCAAACUUCAUCGAUAAGCAUCUUAAAAAUUCAUCACAAAACCCACACCUCACUUUGUUUUGGUAUCCAGCUUUAUCAUGUUUUAAUGUCGUACCUUUCCCCGUGUAUCGUAUACUCAAAAAUCCAUCCAUCAAAAACCUUUAUGACUCACCAAAAAUUCCAUCCAUCGACCAUAUCAAGCUUGUUGGUUCCUGUAACGGAUUGCUCUGCUUGCUUUACUAUUCUAGAACUGCUAUUGAGUUCUCUUUGUGGAACCCUGCCACUAGAAAAAUAUCUAAAAAAUUAGGGUUGUUACCUCACGGGCGCAACCCUGAUUUAGGCCAUUUUGACUUCACGUUUGGUUAUGAUGCUACUGCUUCAACCAGAGAUUACAAGGUUGUAGCGUUUCGUGCUAAAGAUAAUGAAGAAGAAGAAGGUUCAUGGAAAAGCGAGGUUAAAGUUUUCAGUGUAGGUGGUGGUGGUGGUGAUAAUUGUUGGAGAAAUAUUCAGAGCUUUCCUGUUGUUCCUUUUAAUUGGUUUGAUACUUAUUAUCAUAGACAACGUAUUACUGAUGGUGUGCAUUUUAGUGGCACCGUUAAUUGGUUGGCUGUCGACAACUCUAUUGUUUCGCUAUACCUUUCAACAGAGACAUACAAGCAGUUUCUGAUGCCUCCAGGUUUUGAUGAUGAGGUGCCACUUUUUAAGCCGGUUCUUAGGGUUCUGAUGGACUGUCUAUGUUUUUAUCAUGAUUCCAACAAAACUGAAUUUGUUUUAUGGCAAAUGAAGCAAUGA